AUGCCAAUGCCUCAAUUUUCACCAGCUAGGUCAUCAAACUCGAAUUCAGCAUUAGAUAUAUCAAAUCAUGGGUUCAACGGUCUUCCUCGUUCACCUGUUUAUAUAGUAUCAGAAAAUAUGAUUGGUAGUGUAUCUUUAGAUAAUUCCUCAGAUUCAAUGAUUCCAAUGAAUCCAUCCGUUGCUGAAAGAGUAAAAAGUUUACAAAAUAGAGGUUUAAACGUUGAUAGGGUGCAUUCAAAUAUCAAUAAGUCGCUUGCUAAAGAUACUUCAUCUACGUUGAAUGGUAAUACUUCGACUUCUCCAAAAUUAUCAAUGCCAACUCCGAUUCCAACUCCUCCUACUUCGGUUCAUAAUGAUAAUUCAGUGCAUAAUAAAAUAUCAUCUUCAUCUACUACCUUGUCAACUGGAUUGAAUGCUCAACAAUCCAAUGUCGAUCCUUUCCUUGAUUUAAAGGUUUCGGAUUCAAUAAAUGCUGGGGAUCUGUUAUCAUUUUUUAAGAAAACUGAUCACUCACCAACAAUAUUAAUACUGGAUGUUAGAAAUAGAGAAGAAUUUGAUGCAGGACAUAUUAAAAUUGAUAAUAUAGUUUGCUUAGAACCACUCAUUCUAGCGGAAGGAAUUUCUAGCAUAGACUUGGAAAAUAACCGUUUAAUACUUUCUCCAGUAAAAGAACAAGCUUUAUUCAAGGAUCGUGAUAAAUUUGAUUUAAUUGUGCUUCACGACAAAGAUUCGACUUAUUAUCCAUCAACAGGAAAAUUUAAUUCACCUUCAGCAAUUGGACGUGGUAAUAUUUUGUCACGUUUAAAGUCGGCGAUUUAUGAAAAUGAUUAUCAAAAAAAAUUACGAAGAAUGCCUGUUUUGUUAAAUGGAGGUUUUGAAGCUUGGAAACGUUUGGCUGGAGAUAAUUGGAUUGAAAAAUCUAAUACUAUUAUUCAAAGUAAUGGAAUCGCCAAUACUGAUAUUGGUGCUGAACCGAUAAAUGUACCAUAUAAAAACGACAAAUCAAAUAGAAACGGUUUUGUAAUUUCAAAUGAUAAUUCUUGGGUUGAAAAUAUCAAUACAAGGCCUGUACACUCUCCUAUUAAAACAAAUGAUAUUGUUAGCAAAAUACAAAAUAAUGAACCUAUUAGCUCUGGUAGAGCUCCGUAUAUAACAAAUAUAUUCGAGCUAUUUCAAAAUCCUUCUAUUCAGUCGAUGACUAAAAGUAACUACGUGGAACAUUCAUCAGAUAAUUCUACUAUACACUUCCAAUUGACGCAUAUCUCGAAUAAACUUAGUUCAGAAUUGUCAACUUCUCCAGAAUUAUCAUCGAUUUCUAACGAGACAAAAGUUAAUCCUGAAAGCAUUAAUACUUCAAAUUCAUCUCAAUCUGUCGCCAACCUCCACCAAUCCCGUCUCCAAAAAAAACCUUUGCCUCAACCUCCUGAAACAUCCUCGAAUCGACAAAAUACAUCAAUUCCUUCACUUAAUAAUAAUGAUUCUACACCGAGUCAGCAUACUCCUAGCUUAGGACAAAUGAGUAUGCAACAAAGACCGUCCUCAAGUGCUGGUCAUCAUCAACGAUUACCAACUUCUGAUAGUAGCUUUUCUCAAUUAGGAUCAGGAAUUGGGUCAACUGGGUUAAAAAAUCUCGGGAAUACUUGUUUUAUGAAUUCUGUUAUUCAAUGUUUAAGUGGUACGGUUCCAUUUGCUAGGUACUUUUUGGAUGUGUUAUGGAGUGAGAACUUUACAUUUGUUUCUCCUGUUACAUUCAAAACAGCUAUUGGCCGAUUUUCAUCACAAUUUUCUGGUACAGAACAACAUGAUUCUCAAGAAUUUCUUGCAUUUUUAUUGGAUGGUUUACAUGAAGAUUUGAAUAUUAUUGUGAAAAAACCAAUAAUUCCUGAUCUGACCCCUGAAGAAGAGCAACAAAUGGAACAAAUGGAACUCAUUUCUCCGCAGAUUGUAUCAGAAAUAGAAUGGGAAAAGUAUUUGAGACGUAAUUCUUCGGUGGUGGUUAGUCUGUUUCAAGGACAAUUUCGUAAUACUUUAAGAUGCUUAACUUGUAAUAAGACAUCUACAACUUAUAAUGCAUUUAUGUAUCUUUCAUUACCAAUUCCUCAAAAUUAUAAUGGAGAGAGAAUAACUUUACAUCAAUGUCUUAAUGCUUUUAUUAAAGAAGAAAUACUAGAUGGAGAUGAUGCUUGGAAUUGUUCUAAAUGUCGAGUUCCUCGACGGGCAAUAAAACAACUUAGUAUUUCAAGAUUACCAGAUGUUUUGUUGAUACAUUUAAAAAGAUUUUCAUUUAGUGGACCGUUUAGAGAUAAAUUGGAAACUAUGGUUUCUUUUCCUAUAAGAGAUUUAGAUUUAACAUUAUAUGUACCAACUCCUAUUGAAAAGCCAACGUCAAUUGGAUGUAACAUUCAACAUGAACUACCGGGCACAGGAGCUGGAAAUCAUCAUUCUCUACAACAAUCUGGACCUUUUAAAUAUGAUUUAUUUGCUGUUUCAAAUCAUUAUGGAGGGUUAAAUGGUGGACAUUACACUGCUUGUGUAAGAAAUGGAUAUAGACAUGAAUGGCAUAACUUUGAUGAUAGUAGGGUAUCAAUAUGUGACGAAAGUAGUGUUAUGACACAUUCUUAUUUAUCUAAUAUAUAA